CCAUGCUCCCCUGGCUGUAAUGAUGAUGAUGAUUACUCCUAAAGUCUGCAGCCUUCUGGUGGGUCUUCUGGUUCUGGCCGUCGGAGUCCAGUCAGCAUGUUCAUGUCGUCGGCUUCUUCUUCAUCAAACACUCCCAGACCUAGUUGCAGGGGGCAAGAAUUACGACCGGCGGUCACCGGCCACUAGUCCAUAUGUCAACAUUCGACCCAGCUUCUCACCGCCGGCGAGGCAUGGAUGAUCGCCAAUAAGAAUGUAUGUAAACCAGCUA